AUGAGCAUUGAGAUGAGACCAAACAUCACCUGGCAUCCCGGCCUGACGCGCCGCGAGCGCAACGAGCUCCGCCGCCAGCGCGGCCUCACUCUCUGGCUCACGGGCCUCUCGGCCUCGGGCAAGUCGACCGUCGCCGCCGCACUCGAGCAGCACCUACUGCACCUCGGCCUCGCCGCCUACCGCCUCGACGGCGACAACGUCCGCUUCGGCCUCAACAAGGACCUUGGCUUCUCCGAGCAGGACCGCAACGAGAACAUUCGCCGCAUCUCCGAGGUCGCCAAGCUCUUCGCCGACUCGUCCACCGUCGCCAUCACCUCCUUCAUCUCCCCCUACCGCGCCGACCGCGACCUCGCCCGCCAGCUGCACGCCGCGUCCGCGACCCAGGGCGACGAUCCCAUCCCCUUCGUCGAGGUCUUCGUCGACGUGCCCCUCAGCGUCGCCGAACAGCGCGACCCGAAGGGCCUCUACAAAAAGGCCCGCGCCGGCGAGAUCAAGGACUUUACUGGCGUCUCCGCCCCCUACGAAGAGCCCACCAGUCCCGAAAUCACAAUCAGGACCCACGAGAGCUCCGUCGAGGACUGCGUCGCCCAAAUCACCGCGUGGCUAGCUGACAAAGGCUACAUCAAGCUAGGCUAG